ACCACGAAGACCACCACCUCUACACCGCAUCCUGAUGUCCACAGCAAUCAAGCGCGCCGCUGACGAGGAAGCCCCCCUCGCAAAACGCCCGAAAAUAGAGGGGGAGGUGUCCCCCGGGCCUGCGUCGGCGGAGGACGCGCCAAAACCGGCGGCGGGUGCAGAUACAACACCAGUGGCCCAGACAGCAACACCAACGACGGAGGAACCUGUCGCCUCGUCCAGUGGCGCGCAGGGCCCGAUCAAGCGCGCGCCCGAUCCCAACUCGAAGCGCUCCCAACGCAAGGCAGACAAGCGCAAGGACAAGGGGAAGGACAAGGACAAGGACGGUAGACAGCCGUGGACUGACCGGCGCAGGGGGACGCGCGCAGAGGACGCUACCGAGGACGGCGAGCCGCGCGAGAAGGCGCCGCGCCUGCCGAAGCGUAUGUGCGCGGUGCUUAUUGGGUUCUGCGGCUCGGGGUACAAUGGGAUGCAGAUCCAGAAGCCCCCGGCGAAGACUAUCGAGAACGAGCUGUUCGACGCGUUCGUGCGCGUAGGUGCAGUGUCGAGGGAUAACUCGGACGAUCCGGUGAAGGUCGGCCUGAAGCGCGCAGCGCGUACCGAUGCGGGAGUGCAUGCAGCGGGCAACCUCGUCUCCCUAAAGCUCAUCACAGCGAUCCCGGGCGUACCAGACCUCGUCGCGCGCGUCAAUGAAGAGCUCCCGCCGCAGAUACGGAUGUGGGGAUUCACCCGCGUCACCAACUCCUUCGAGGCACGGCAGAUGUGCGACAGCCGCAAAUACACCUACUUCUUCCCCUCCUACAUGCUCAUCCCGCCGAAACCUGGCACGGGCAACCACACCAACCUCCAACAAUUUUGCGAGGACGCGCCCGUGCCCGCGCUCGACCACCCCUUCUGGCAGGGGCACACCGAGGACGAUCCGGAGACGGAGAUGCAGCGCAAGCGCCUUUGGCGGCUACCGUCGGACAAGCUGGAGGCGUUGAGGAGGACGGCGGAGAAGUUCGAGGGGACGCAUAACUUUCACAAUUUCACGGUUGGAAGGACGUUCCAGGACCGGAGCUGUAUGCGAUAUAUGAAGAAGAUUGAGAUCGCAGAUCCUGUUGUAUACGGUGACACGGAAUGGAUCGCCGUUACGCUGCACGGCCAGAGCUUCAUGCUACACCAAAUCCGCAAAAUGAUGUCCGCUCUCGUCCUCUCCGUGCGCAACGACACGCCCGCGAGCGUCAUGGACGAGCUCUACGGCGCGCGCACCACCUUCAUCCCCAAGAUGCCCUCGCUCGGCCUCCUGCUCGAGCACCCCAUCUUCGACUCGUACAACCGCAAGGCGAAGGCGGAGAGCAAGGGCGCGCCCGGGGAUGCGGAGUACCGCGCGCCGAUUGACUUCGACCAGUAUGCGGAGGCGAUCCGGGCGUUUAAGGAGGAGUUCAUAUAUAUGAACAUGCGCGCGGUGGAGGAUAGGGAUGGGCUGUUCGACGCGUGGAUCCGACAUGUGGAUGCGUAUACGGGGCAGGAGUUGCUGUAUCUCAACCCGAAGGGUACAGUGCCAGCGGUGGCGGCUCUCAAGCCAGGAGCGACGCGCGAGAACCCCUUCAAGGAAAAGCGGAAGUUCAACAUGACCUCCUUCGACGAGCCGAUCAAGGACGAGGAAUCGGACGAGGAGGUCGAGGAGCCUGUAGCAAAGAGCGCGAAGGGUGCGAAGCUUGCAGAGUUGGAGGGAUAGGUCAUGGUCUUCGAGGGCCGUCUUCUUGAUUGCUACCUGGGGGAUUUCGCAAACCACUCUAUUAGCCACACCACUCGUACAUGUAUGAUACAUAUCAUCCUGCGAGAAUGCACUGCAGGGUGAGUC